AUGUCCUGCCCCGGGGGCCGGGCUGUGGGUCUCCGCCACCGGGUGGAGCAGCCCCGGGGAGGGGCACCCGUCCCAGACCAGGGUGCAGGCCGAGUGACGGGCACCCCGGCCGCGGGGGGACCCCCGGGGAACCUCCCCGCCGCACACUUGCCUGCCGCGGCCGGUGCCGAGCCUCCCUCUCUCCCGCUCCCCGCUCCCCCGCUUCCCCUUCCCCGGGCGAGCGCGGCCGCAAAGACCGCCCCGUCAACAACCCGUCGCCCAGCAACCGUUUCCAAGACGGCUGCCGGCGCCUUGGCUUCCGAGACCGAAGGUGCCGACGUUGACCAAUGGCGAGUCGCCGCGGGUUUCGAUCGCGCCCGCCCGUUUUCCCCGCCGAUUCGCCUCAGGUGGUGCUCGGGGCGUCGAGCGCUCCCGGCCGCUGCCAUGGGCUCGAGGAAGCAAACGCACCCGGGCAAAGCCAUUCUGGCAGGUGGACUUGCUGGUGGAAUUGAAAUCUGUAUCACAUUCCCAACAGAGUAUGUAAAAACACAGCUACAACUCGAUGAACAGGCAAACCCUCCUCGUUACAAGGGCAUUGGUGACUGUGUUCGUGUGACAGUUCAGGAUCAUGGAUUCAGAGGAUUGUACCGAGGUCUCAGCUCCCUGCUGUAUGGCUCCAUCCCAAAAUCUGCUGUCAGGUUUGGAAUGUUUGAGUUCCUGAGGAACCGUUUGCUCAAUGAGAAUGGGAUUCUGACCAACCAGAGAAGCCUGCUGUGUGGCCUGGGGGCUGGGGUGGCAGAAGCCGUGGUGGUGGUUUGCCCCAUGGAGACAGUGAAGGUCAGACUUAUUCAUGACCAAUGCUCAGCUAAUCCCAAGUACCAUGGGUUUUACCAUGGGGUCCGGAAGAUUAUUCAAGAACAAGGGCUUCGAGGCACAUACCAGGGUGUGACAGCCACAGUCCUCAAACAGGGCUCAAACCAAGCAAUCCGCUUCUCUGUGAUGACGAUGCUGCGAAACUGGUAUAAAGGUGAGGACCCUCAUAAAUCCAUCAACCCGUUUAUCACAGCUGUGUUUGGAGCCAGCGCGGGAGCAGCCAGCGUCUUUGGAAACACCCCCCUGGAUGUGUUGAAGACACGGAUGCAGGGCCUUGAGUCCUACAAGUACAAGAACACAGCGGAUUGUGCAUAUCAGAUUCUUAAAAAUGAGGGGCCCUUCGCGUUUUACAAAGGGACGGUUCCGCGCUUGGGUAGAGUGUGCCUUGACGUGGCCAUUGUCUUCGUUAUUUAUGAGGAGGUCAUCAAACUUCUGAACAGGAUUUGGUAG